AUGUCUUUAGGCGAAGUAUUCAUCGCGCCCGCUGGGGAUAGCGCUGGUGAUGCCUGUGAUGCCCCUGCCCCGACUUCAGGGCUCGAAUUGCCGUCUGUGGAUCAGAUUCUCCAAAGCCUACCCCAUAUACCCACAUGGUUACCCUCCAGAGAUACGGAAACCAUUAAUUCUGAUGAACAAAAAAAGAUGUUCUUUUCUUUGAAGAGCAUCGUCGAAACCGCGGAGGGAGCUACUGAAGCUGGAAGUAGCUUUGAUCUGAAGGAGCUUCACGCAUCUCUGGAGCAAGCAGACGCUGAUGCACGGCGCGGCGGGCGGGGUCUCGAGACUUUGCAGAGCGUGCUUACGACAAUCCGGCGUCUCUGGUCCUGCAAUUCCGAAUAUCUGGCUCAGGCGGCAGAGGUUUUGGCCAACGGAAGUCGUGAUCCAUCAUGGCGUACUCCAUUUGGCCAGUCUGGUAUAUUGAAAUUCUUCUUGGAGAUUGUCUCGUCAAAGGAGGAGAUUGAUCCCAAAUUGUUACUCCACUCUUUGCGUCUCGUUGGUAAUUCUUGCGCCGAUACAGAUGAAAAUAGGGAGAUUGUUAUUAAGGACAACUACACUUUGGCUAUUAUAAGACACUUUUUGAACCCGAACUUGAUCCAAGUCGCAAUCCCUGUGAUUUACAACAUCUGCAUGGAUUAUGAGCCCGCACACUCUCAAAUGGCUGCUAAUAUGACAGCUUAUGUUUUGCUGAAACUUAUCAAAGAUGGGGCCAUGAAAGAGACCGAUGCUCUACUGGGCUUUUCCUACGAUUUGAUUGAGCUGGCUUCUGAACAAGCUCAAGGAGUCGCAAAUUCUCCUAGCGGAACAAUCCUGCUACUUACAGAUCUCGCUCAGGAUGAGGAAUUAAGUUUCGAAUACUUCUCGCCCCUGGUUAGCUCUCUCGUAAAGUAUAUGGAAAACGAAAAAUUUCAGAGCAUCUGCGUUUCAAAUUCCCUGGUCGACCAUUUUCUGGCCAUAUUGCGCCGGUCUUUCUCCAUCAAAGUCGACGAAACUUCGGCCGAAGAAACCAAGGCCCUUCUUCAAACACGUCUCAAGAUCAACCAAGUCCUGGCUGAAGUUUCAGCUUCUUCACUGUUUAUGGAGUACUACCCUCUCGACUCUAGCCUCUCAAAAACAUUAAAGUCAUGGGUUGUUUCCGACGAGGAUCAGCUUCAGAUCUGUGCAUGUGUCAUGCUUGGCAAUCUGGCUCGAUCAGACGAAGUCUGUCAAGUGAUGGUGCGAGACUUGAAGAUCCACAAGGAACUUAUCUCUGUUCUUAACAGUGAUGCGCGUGGGGCGAUUCUUCACUCUGCUUUGGGAUUCCUGAAGAAUCUCGCUAUCUCUGGCGACAAUCGUGUUAGUCUUGCCGAGGCCGAAAUCAUUCCUGCCUUGUCUCGUUUGUGGGCGUAUGAAUCUGUCCCUCAGGUCCAAUUCUCGGCUGCAUCGAUUAUGCGACAGAUCACCAUUUCUUCCGUUGAGAAUAUUGCUCGUCUGUUGGCGCCUUUGUCUCAAGAUCCGGAUUCUCCUGAACACAGCCGGACAUAUCUCUCUCUGCUUUUGUCUUUGUUUGAGAAGUCGGAUUCUGCGCCGAUCCAGACGGAGAUUGGUCGCACUAUUGCUUCAAUAUGCCGGACUAUCAGUCCUAAAGCCCGCGAGGGAGAUGAACAGGCCGUUUCCAUCUUGAGCAAGCUGUACGGUUUGCACGAAGGGGUUGCUCGUCCUCUUGGUGCCAUGACUACACAGACCCAAUGGCCUGUUGUUCGAAGUGAAGGAUGGUUUGCUUUGGCUUUGAUGGCGAACAACAAGUCUGGUUGCGUUGCAGUGGCCGACUGUCUUCAGAAAGAUGAAGUGAUGGAACUUCUCAAAGCGACACUCAGUACGGAUCCAUCUCGUGAGAAAGAAUCUGAGGAGACAAACCGUGAUCAAAUUUCCAAAGAUCGAGAUAAUGCUUUUGUCCUGGUACAAGAAUUGUUGAAGAAUGAGUCUGGUGCACUUCCCGAAGGCUAUCGGGACACGAUGGAACAAAUG